AUGUUAUAUACCUUAGCUGCCACUAAUGAAGAGUUGGAGGUAAACUUAAAUGGGGUGGAGCUGGCUAGGCAGCGAGAGGAGGUUACCAAAAAGGUUUGGAGAUCUUUUCACAAUAGCGAGAGUAUUUUAAGGCAGAAAUCAAGAAGUUUGUGGAUCAAAGAGGGCGAUCGAAAUACGAAGUUUUUCCAUAAUGCCAUGAAGUCGAGGUUAAGGAGGAACAACAUUGCAGGACUUAAUACAGAUAGAGGGAGGAUUGAGGAAGUAUAUGAUGUCAAGGAGGAAUUUAAGAACCAUUUUAAGAGAAGGUUUUCUGAAAUAAAUCACAACAGGCUUACGUUGGAUGGUGUCAGUUUUAAUCAACUUUCUGUGGAGGAUAACACCAUUCUUGAACAACCUUUUUCCUUGGAAGAGAUUAAAACUGUGGUUUGGAAUGGUGAUAAGGAUAAGAGUCCAGGUCCCGGCGGAUUCAGUAUGGGAUUCUUCAAGGUUUGUUGGGAAUUUCUUAAAGACCAUCUUUUCCGUUUUGCUAAAGAGUUUCAUGAGUGUGGAAGGGUUCCAAAAGCCAUAACUACUUCGUUUCUUGUUUUGGUUCUGAAAGAUGAAAAUCCUUAA